AUACAUAUGCGAUUGCAUGCUCGAUAGUAGCCAUACAAUACCUUCUCUCUGCUUUUAGCAACGUGCUGCAACAAUGGUGGUCAGAGCUGCACUGCUUCCUGUCACCUUGCUGCUGUGCCUUGCACUGGCCGGCAGCGCCGGCGCCGGAAGGACGGCGGAUGGCUUCUACGAGCUCAAGAACAAGAAGGGGGAUUUCUCCAUCAAGGUCACCAACUGGGGAGCUACCCUCGUCUCUGUCCUUGUUCCUGAUUGUAAAGGGGACCUAACUGAUGUUGUACUUGGGUACGACACCGUUGCUGCAUACGCUAAAGGCGCUGCUGCUGGAUCGACGAUUGGGCGCGUAGCAAACAGAAUCGCCAACGCCCGCUUCGUGCUCGACGGCAGAACCUAUCGUCUCCUCCGUAACGACGGCAACAACACGAUUCAUGGCGGCCCCAGGGGCUUCAACAAGGUCAUCUGGACGGUGAAGGAGUAUGUGCACGACGGCGACUCCCCGUACAUCACCUUCUACUACCGCAGCUUCGACGGAGAGCAAGGGUUCCCGGGGUACCUGGACGUGUAUGUGACGUACCAGCUCUCCGACCCGUACGACCUGAGCAUCCACAUGAACGCGACGGCGACGAGCAAGGCGACGCCGGUGAACCUGGUGAACCACGCGUACUGGAACCUCGCUGGCCACGGCAGCGGCGACGUCCUGGAGCACGAGCUCCAGAUGUUCGCCUCACGCUACACGCCCGUCGACGGGUACAUGAUCCCGACGGGCCAGGUCGCGCCGGUGGCCGGCACAAAGUACGAUUUCCUCACGCCGACGCCCGUGGGCGCCAACAUGGAGAUCGUCCCGGGCGGUGGCGGCGGCUACGACAUCAACUUCGCCGUGGACGGGCAGCAGAACGCGAUGCGGCCGGUGGCGCGCGUCCAGGACCCGGACUCCGGGCGGGCGUUGGAGCUGUGGGCGAACCAGCCCGGGGUGCAGCUCUACACCGCUAACUGGCUCAGCAACGACAAGGGGAAAGGAGGGAAGGUGUACGGGCAGUACGGCGCGCUGUGCUUGGAGACGCAGGCGUACCCCGACGCCGUCAACCACCCCGAUUUCCCGUCGUCGAUCGUCAGGCCCGGCGAGGUGUACAAGCAUGAUAUGGUCUUCAAGUUUUCCCACUAGGCUAGCUAAGAUGCAUGCUUCACUUAAUUGAUCUGUCCUAUCUUUUCUUUUCUUUAGCGCAAAAUGAGCGGUCUUUUAUUCCACGGGAUGAACCAUCUUUUCUUAUAGUCUGUACCACUUCUUUCUUUACAAAACGGACGCAUACGAUUUGCCUCAUCCAUUAAAUAAGGGAUUUAUAAGUGUUUUUACAAAGUAAGAGAAUACUACAAGGUCGUUACUCUCUAAUCUGGCAUUGCCCAGAUGCUUCGUACCGGCGAUGACCCAAAGUUUAGCCUUAUGUUUUUUAUGUUGGAGAGAAGAAUGGACGGUAGAGUAGACUGGUGACACAAGACCGUAGCAUUUAUUUUACACCAAAUGGUCUGAUAAGUGAGUAUGGUGAGGGGAGCCUACGUUUUCCGUAUUGUCCUAUUUGUCUCGGACAUGUUGAUCCAUCAAUUCUUGAUAGAACACUUUCUAUUCCACAGUGAAAUCUCGUUGUUGUCGAGGUGGACCCAAACUUUGAUCAUGCCCCAUAGUCUCACGGCGAACCGAUAUUUGAAGAAGAUAUGUCCUGGAGACUCCUCAGCUUACAUAGAGGACAAAACCCGUAAUUUGGCCACCCACAUUUCUCCAAAUCUAUACGCGGUCCAAAUCCAGUUUUGUAUUGCUAACAAUGCAAAAAAA